CUCGUACAUAAAAAAUAUCAACUUCGAAUUAAAAUAUUACGCCAAAUUACACGGUUCCUAUAUACCUUAACUUACUUAUACGAGUACCUAUCUAAUUGUGUUGAUAUUUAUUUAGAAGUGGUCCGAAAUUUCGCAUGUUUAAAAUUAUAUGUUUGCGUUAUAAUAUUUUGGAAGGUGAUGUGGUAAAUUCGUAUUUAAAUUUCACCGGUAUAUAUGUUUGUUUUUCAUUAAUACGCGGGCAGUGUUUGUUUGCUAAAUUUUGGGUUAGUUCGGGUCUGGAUUCGUAAUUAAGUUUAGCAUCAUGUUAGUUAUAUUGACUUUAUUAUUUGUCGCCGCGUGUUACGCUGCCCCCCAAGAAAUGGGUACACAUGUGUACGACGCCGAAAGCGAUUGUUUCCAGCAGCAUCCUUCGAUAACUAGAGAAUUUUUGGAAGGGUUAAAAAAAGUCAAGAAAUUACCCGAUGAUCCUACUCAAGAUUUCAAAUGUUUCAUGGCCUGUGUCGGUAAAAAAAUUGAAGCGAUGAGCCAAUCGGGUGAUUUCCAUUUCGAUACGCUGAAAGAAAUCACAGUUUUGAUCACCGGAGGCGACGCUUCUCACGACGAUGCUCACGCCAUGGUCAGCAAAUGCUUCGACGUUGAUCACGACGACGAUUGCGAAAAAGCCUGGAAAUACGUUCAAUGCAAAGUGGACGAACUUCAACCUUACAAAUUCUCCAAAGGAUUCUGCCCCACUUGUCACGAAUAAUAAUUUUAAUAUUGUGUCGUCGAUGUUGUUCGUUUAUUGUACUUACAUUAAGUCUCUUUAUAAAUAAAUGCGAUAUUUUUGAGA